AUGCAGGAGCCGGAGCGGGGGGUGUCCGGUGCGGACCCGCCGCAGCCGGCAGCGGGGCAGAGCGGUGCCCCAGCAGCGGGCGAUGCCGUCCCCGCGGCCUCCGCCUGCCCGGACCUGGACACGCGUACAGGCGUGGGGGGUGACAGUGACGGGGCGAGCUGCCAGCCGUCGCCGCGGCCGGAGGGGGCCGGAGCAGCCCGGCCCCAGGAAGAGCCCUCGGGGACGCUCCGCGGCCCCCCUGCAGACCCCCAGCGGGUUCGCUCCGCGCCGGAGCUCGUUAGGCCGCUGCGAGCGAUGGAUGGGCUCGGACGCGACCGGACAGACAGACCCCCGCAGAGCGGGGCUGACUACGGCUUCCUCGUGAGCCAGAACACGAAGCUCCUGAGUGCACUGGAGGACCUGCGGCACCGCUGCUCCAGCCUGGCCGAGGAGAACAGCUUGCUGCGCAGGAGCUGCUUUCCCCAGACGGAGGAGAAGGUGAAGCACCUGAAGAGGAAGAACGCAGAGCUGGCAGUGAUUGCCAAGCGCCUGGAGGAGAGAGCCCGGAAACUCCAGGAGGCAAACCUCAAAGUCGUAACUGCUCCGGUGCCUCUGAAGGGCUCCAGCCUGGAGCUGUGUAAAAAAGCAUUUGCCUGCCAGCGUGCCAAGGACCUGACAGAGCAAGCCAGUGCUCUCCUGGCAAAAGACAAGCAGAUUGAAGCUCUGCAGCAGGAGUGCCGGGAGCUGCAGGCUAAACUCAUCGCAGGGAAGGAUGACCCUCGCUGCCUGAACGUCAUCGAGUUUGAUCGCCUGUUGCGGGAAUCCCAAAGAGAGGUGCUACGGCUGCAGAGGCAGAUCGCGCUGAAGAAUUUCAAGGAGUGUCUACGUUCCUCUAAAAUCAGUUCAGACAGCGCUUUGCCAAGCACUGCCACACGCCUGGGACCACCCGUACCAAUGCUAAAUACCUGCAUCAAAAGUUCACCUCUAGCGAAGGAAGCCUGCUUGGGAGACCCACUGCUUGGAAAGGAAGCACACAGAGAGGUGAGACAAGUGGGUCAGCAAUCUAAAAGUUUUGCUGUUUAA